AUGGUAAGUUCAUCAGAGCAACGGGAAAGUGUUAAUGAUUUGUCCAGAAGAAGAAGUUCCAUGUCAAGCACUUCGAGCCAUGCAUCCAGUGCGAGUUCUAGUUCUCAUCGGUCACGUCGCAAUAGUCUUUAUCAUGUGAAGACUCAUCACACGAUUGACUCUGAAGUGUUUAAGGAGCCUGGAACUCCUGAGUUAACUUUAAUGGAUGAGUUAUUCCUUUUGGCUUUGAAGGACAAAGAGGGAUACGUGUCUGAUUGGGAUGGGAAAUUGUCUUAUGUCUUACGAUGUUGUGUAAUUAUUGAACUGGCACUAAGAGGAAAGAUUCAAGCGGUUGCUGAAGGUAAAAAGAAGAAAGAUUUAGCACCUCAUGAAUGCAAAAUUGAAGUCAUUGAUGGAUCCAUUACUGGUGAUCCUUUAUUAGACCAGACAUUAGGUUUGAUGAAGAAAGAAAAGAAGAAUUAUUCUGUAUCACAUUGGAUCAAAUUAUUAAGUGGAGAGUCGAUGAACUUUUUGAAAGCUAGUUAUCAACUAUUGCAUGUGAGGAAGAGAAUUGAAAGAAUACUUGUUGAAACGGGUAUACUAAGUAAACAAACGAAGAAGCUGGCUGCGAUUGGUUUAGACACACAUCCAAUUAAAGACAUUAAAUGCAAGAAUGCCAUAAGGUCCAGAAUGCAAUAUAUUUUAACUGCAAACAAAGUUGAUCUACCUUCGACUAAAUAUUUCCCUGAUACUGUGUCGUAUCGCGUCCUCCGUACCAUAGUCUUAGCAUGUGCAGCUUAUGGUGCCGAUAUCCUUGAUAAAGGAUUCUUCCAAACUGAGAAUGAGACUGUUAUAGGUAAGGGUCGUGCGAGAGUACUUUUAUCUCUGUUUUCUAAGUUUCCAUUUGAAUUAAAUCAGGCUGUUCAACCAGACUUGAAUGAGAAGGUUUCGAAAGAAUUGCAUGAACAUCCAGAAGAAGCCAGUCAAUUAGAGGUCGUUGCAGGUGCCAUUGACGUUAUUAAUACUAUAGAUACUGUUCUAAUAAAGACAUUAUUUUAA